AUGCCAACUUGCAAGGUAUCACGACUACUCGAGGUCAGCGUAGUUGUUGUACUCCUUGCUAAUUCCUUCAGAGCUACGUCUGCAUCGAUGGAUGAAGUGAAAGCAGCCAGCGCUAUCCUGACGUUGAGUCACGAGCGGAACAUGAAAGAGCCACGUUCGAGUGACCCAGGGAAAUUAAUCAAAGUGUAUGACCUCACUAAUCAAUCAGAGAUAGUUGACGGUGUCGGCUGUGGCGUUUGUUUAUUCUCUUUGCCUCUCUGUCUCGCUCGCUUUGCUCUUGCGAGCACGAAUGACAAGCGACGUCCACCUCCACCACCACCGCCACCUCCUCCUCCUCAUCCUCCUCACAUCGUCGCGCUCUAA